ACAUUCCGUCACUGAUUGAGUAAACAUACGAGCGCCACAAGCUAACAUGGUGUUUAGCUUACUAGCUUUGUAGUUCAUUACAUUUAAAUGUAAUGUUACACUUUUUUAUUAAAUGAUGAUACACUUUCAAAUCUAAUUUUAAAAACUGUCGGCCAUGUGUGGCUUUGUGAUGCAUCCAUCUAGUGCACGUAGAAGUGCAUCCAAGCUCCUUAAGUGAUGCAAGGUUGUCCAGGUAUGAAGGAAACAACAACCUGUCCAUGUGUGUUGUUAGUUCCUGAAUGAUGCAUCUUUCAUUGAUAGCGUUGGAAGUGCCAUGACUUAUAAAUCCACACUUUCAGGUAGCAUUUCAACACAGACUCUUUUUCAUUGCUAAUCAUUGACACAAUUCAAAUAGUCAUAUUAUUGUUGGAAGAAUCUCCACUUCACACAUUAACUCAAGAGGACAUCCUUUUCAGUUAAGCAAUCCAAAGAGGAGGGCGCUAAGCACUUUAAAAAAGAUCAAGAAAACUCAAAGUAUCCUCAAAACUCCCCAGAGGUGCUGUAAGAUCGCAGACUGUUUCGCUGAGGUACGUCUGUCUUUACUGUGGUCAAGAUGUUUGUGGACGAGCGGAUCGUGACUCUGUUCAAAAGGAAUUUCCAUCACACGCUGACCUACUGGAGUGUUUUCUUCAGCUUUGGACUCUGCAUUGCUUUCCUUGGACCUACAAUUUUGGACUUGCAAUGUCAAACAAGCUCAACACUUAGUCAGAUCACCUGGGUGUUCUUUGCCCAGCAGUUCUGCUUGUUGAUCGGCAGCUCUAUUGGUGGUGUUUUCAAGAAGACGUUGUUCAGUGCUCUAGCUGCCUUAUUUGUGUCUGCUCUCGUCAUCUCUGUAAUAUUUGCCAUAAUCCCUCUGUGCAAUAAUGUUCUCCUGCUCGCCAUCGCCAUGGCUGUGUCUGGGUUUGCGAUGGGCAUUAUUGACACCAUCGCUAACAUCCAACUGGUGACCAUCUAUCAGAGGGACUCUGCGGUCUUCUUACAGGCUCUUCAUUUCUUCAUUGGGUUCGGAGCCCUGGUGAGCCCACUGAUUGCGGACCCUUUCCUCUCAGAGACGGGCUGUGGGAAUCACACGGGGAAUGAGACUGAGGUCAUGCAUCAUUUCAGGAACCUGCUGAGAAACAGUCCGAUUGCAGAGCACAAUAUAACUCAGAGCCACCUGCCCCACCACGAGGGAGGGGACGAGUCCAAUGUGCACUAUGCCUUCUGGAUCAUGGCGCUCAUCAAUCUGCCCGUGCCCAUCGCAGUCCUGUUCCUGAUGUAUCGGGAGCAGCUGAUCCCAUUUUGCCAACAAGGCACUCCUCGUCUCCUGGACAAAGAUGAACUGUCAAUGGAGAACCAGCAGGGGGCCGAGGGCUCGGAUGUGGAGCAGAAAGAACAUGAAGCUGGAGGUCAUGGGGAUAUCUUUAGCUGCUGCAGGAAUGAUAACCUGCGCGGUCUGCCAGUAUCCUUCUUUAUGAUUCAUAUCCUCGGUGGGAUGGUGCUCUUCAUGACCGAUGGCAUUGUGGGUGCAUACGCCGGCUUUGUGUACACCUACGGUGUGUCACCACCUAUGUCCUUGCCUCAUAAGACAGCGGGUUACCUGGCCAGUAUCUUUUGGGCAGCGAUCACUGUUGGACGUCUAGUGUCCAUUCCUCUCUCGUACCGUUUCCAGCCUGUGAGACUGCUCAUGUUCAACCUGGCAGGUGCUAUUGUUACUGUCCUCAUGCUGCUUAUUUUCUACACCAGCAACACCUUUCUGUUUGUCGGGACCUGUUUAUGUGGGCUUUUCCUCAGCAGCAUAUUCCCCUGUAUGCUCGCCUAUACUGAAGACAUCCUUGAUUAUCAGGGAUGUGCAACAUCAGUCCUGGUGACAAGUGCAGGGAUGGGAGAGAUGGUGAUGCAGGUUCUGGUUGGCUCAAUUAUCCAGACUGAAGGCAGCUACAGCUUCCUGCUGUGCGGAAUGAUAAUCGCCUGCCUUGGAUUUAUCUUCUUCAUUGGUCUCCUGCUGUUCCAUCGGAUGCACAGAAAUUACCUCUCAGGAACAACGAAAAAGUCAGGCAUGGUGGAGGAACCAGCAGCAGAGCAGAAUGGAUCUGCCAAAACAGAACAGAAAGAGGAGCCAGGGAGCAGCUGAGAGGAGCAGCAGCUGUGUUUUGUUCUUUUGUGGCUACUGUAGGGGAGGAAGUAUUACAGAAAUCUAUCUUCAAAGAAGUUGCAUCAAAGCCUACCAAAUGAACAUUGUGCUGAUGUAGUUGUCUUACCUACUGUUAAAGGUUGUAGUUAAAACUCUUAGAUUGUUUCUUCUGUUUUGUAAAUCAUGGAGAGUGUUCAUUCAAUUGUGGAUUGGUCUGUUUUAUAGUGCAUCAGGAUUCGGAUCAUGUAGAAUACUUUUUAAAUACUUAAUUUGACUGUUUUUAUUAUAAUCUUUUGUUUUCAUAUUUUUUAAUGUGUUUU